AUGCUUUAAAAGUUAAAACAUAGUAGGGAAGAAAUAGCAAGUAAUUAUGCUUGCAUUGAUACUUUAAAAAGGGAAUUAAAAAUAAAUAAGAUGCAUUUGAAAUGUGGUUUAAUGAAUGUCUUUCUUUAGAUGAAAGAAGUCAAAGUGGAAGUCAUAAAACAGUAAGGAGUGUAAGAAAAAUAUUAAAAAAGAAUAAAUCAUUUUCUUAAAGUUUAUCAGUGA